GCCGCUGCUCCUUUAGGUUUUCGGCGGUUCUCUGUGAGCUUCACUCCACCAGGUGCCGCGACGCCAGGCGCGAGCGCUGUUUCAAGCGCUUUUGAUUGAUCCUGGGAGUCUCGGGGGGAAAGCUGCUGCUUCUCGGAGAUUCUCAGCGAUUCUCGAGGCCUUUCGAGCGAAAUAUCGCUUGGAUGCGGGCAAGACGCGCCUGUGGAUCGAAAUUUCGGCAGCGUCGUCGGUCCUGUGCCGCGGGGACGAAGUGGAAUCGAAUGGAGCGGGCGGUCCUCUUCAGCAAUUACGGCACUGGCGGUGAUUGAGCGCUGCGAAAGCGCCGGCUGCGAGGUUGACUGGAGAAAGGCGCAGGAUCACUCGACUCUCCUUUUCGAGGAUCAAUGCUGGUGCUGCCGUGCUGGAAGUCGAUGAGAUGAGGCGGAUUUUUCCCUCCAUCCUCUCCCCGGCAUCGUCCGGCGAAUCUCCCUCCCCUCUCAAGGACGUCUCCAGCCAAAGCACCCUGACGCAGGACAAGGAAUGCGUCACAGCGCCCGCCGCUCGCCAGAAAUCCCCAGCUCGCUCGAGAUCUCCUUUCAAAUGGGGUCGCAGCACGACUCCUCGCGGGGAAGAAACCAGGGCCGUCAGCAGGAGGGAGCACACUCUCCCAAAAGAGGGGAAAAUGUGGGACGCUACUCCACCAAGUAAGGAGGAAAAGGCGGCUCUGGCAGCGGCGAGAAGGCUAGCGCAUCCAGGAAGGAGUAUAGAGAUGGACCUGGCGUCGCCGGCUUCUCGCAGUGGCCCGUAUUGCGAGGACGAUUGCGAGGAGAAGCAAGUUCUCAGCGUGCGGGCUUGCUCUCCCACGGCUUACUUCCAGUCGGCCCAUAGGAUGCGUGCCUUGACGGAUGAAACAAGGAGCACAGCCGAGUCAAGAUACAGGCCCAGCAUGGACACAGUACUACAACCGCCCCCUGGACUUGGCAAGGAAAGGCAGCAUGCCAAACGGACUAAGAGCGCUCCCAGGCUGCGGAUGCCAUUUUCUGGAGACUCCAAAGCAAAGUCGAGUCAGCACAGGUUUGAGGAUGGAAAUCCUUCCGCAGAGGGACCGUUUGCAAUGCUGUCCAGCUUCGUGUCACACUUAAGUCCUGGCAGAACGCGAGGUCAUGGUAGGACAGACUCGGCAGAGAAUUUGUCAGUAGCUACUUCGGGCUCGAAUUCGUUCGGGGAGAGGCGAGCAAUCGUCGAGUAUGACGAAGCCAUUGUUCCAUACAAGUUUCGUAGGGACAAUGACAAGGCGCCUGGGAAGGCUAAAGGCGCCAGGCUUGUCGCUGAGAAGCUGGCCAAGGCUAUUCGGGGGACCGGUGGCUCGAAGAAGGACUUGAGAGCGCCGGCUAGCUUUUCUGAAGGCAGCAGUGGGGUGGCUAACAGCAGCCCUUACAAGGACUCCAAUUCCACCCGCGCUCUCAAAAGUUAUCUCAAUGAAUCGAGUGCAGCAGAGGUUGAUCCCAACGAGAUCAUUCUGGAUUUUUCCGACAAUCGAUACCUCAGCUACGGUAGCUUCAGGAACUCCAGAUCCAGGGAAAUGUUUCCACUAGGCAGGCGGGAGGCCCUUAAAACUGACAGUGAGCUAAUGAACUUAGAUAACAAACUAAAGGAGUACGAGGACCAAGUUGACAACAUGCACUACGUAGCUCAAGAACGUGCAAGUGAAGCGGAGAAGCAAGUCCAGGCCGUGAAAGCAGAGCUGGCAGAUUCCUACUUAAGUGACGACUCGGAUUUUGAUGGCGUCCAGGAAACUCCCGACGUGCAGAGCAGGGCGCGGGAGUUGCUGGAGCAAAAGCUCAGGCUGGCGCUGGAGGCUGCUUCAGAAGCCAAGCAACGUCUUCUUGAGCAAGUAACCAUCAAGGAUGGAUUGGCACUCAUGAAGAGAAGACUUGAGUUAGCCGCGGUUACCUCGGAAAGAGAAAAAUCUGACCAGCAGACUUCAUUGGAAGAGGAAUUACAGCGAAGGGAGGCAGAUUGGAUAGCGAGACUGGAGAAGGCACAGAUGGAGGAGACAAGGCUUAAGGGAAGAGUCCGGGACAUUGCGGAGAAUAAUGUAAGCUUGCAAAAGGAGACAGCGUCAAUGGCUGCUAGGGAGAAAGGCCUGCGGGAACAGAUAAGGCAGUAUGAAGAUCAGAUUGCGACACACAAGAAGAAGCUAGACGAGGCAGAGAAAGUUAUUUUGGAGAUACGGGAAUCCUCUGUCAACACCCGUAAGCAGAGCAUGCAUACAGAAGAUGAACUUGCGUCCUUGAGAAAGUCUUGUCAAGAAAAGGAGGAUGAGAAUACGGAUCUACGUCGUCUGGUGGCCAGGCUACAGCAGCUGUGUACAGACCACGAAAAAAGCAUCCAAGGUCUCUACAAUGGGCUCAAUAACGUUACAGAUUCGAGGCCACAGGAAAAAGACAAAGCCGUCGUGAGGCUGCAAAACGAGCUCGUGAGACUGAGUACAAUAGAACAGGGCCUACGUCGCGAAUUAGAUGCUUCAAACCGCGAAGCAACAGCCGUGAGGCGGGAGCUGAAGAAACUCGUGGACAAAGCAAAGGUCGAAGAGAGGGAUGGCAGCAACGGCACUGUAAAGCCUGGCUUUGAAUAUCACUCGGAGGUAGACAGGCUGAAAACACAGAUUUAUGAGCUGCAAGAACACAACUCGAUCCUCACGAUCAAGCUCAGCACCGCAUUGAGGGAGGAGAAGACAAAAACCGACUCUAUCCGCGAGAUGGAAUCGCGUAAGAAAAAUGUCGACGAGGAGGUCAAAAGCUUACAGGACGAGAUCGCGAAGCGGAAGCUGCAGCUACAGGAUAAAGACAAAGAUUUCAAAUGGCUAGAAACACGGUUACAAGCUGUAGUGAAGACGAACAGGCUCCUACAGGGAAUCGUAGCCAAGCAGGCGGCCUUCAGGAAAAGGGUAAGCGAGGACGGGAAUGAAGACACAGAGUGCGACGUUCAAAAGUGUUUAGAGGUGUCUGCCGAGCAGCUCAACCAAAUGAGCGAGCGACUGGAAUUGAUGAAAGACAAGUUGCUGGAGCGUGAAUCAGAGCUUUUUGCAGCGCGUACGGAGUGCGGGAAAAAGGAUGUGACGAUUCAGGGGCUGGAGCAAAACAUGUCCGAGGCCAGAAAGACGCUCGAGACACGGAUCCAACGACUGACGGGUAGAAAUGAAGAGCUGUUCAGGCUGUACAAUGCAAAGGAGAAGGAGAUUGUGGACCUUCAAACGAGGCUCAAACAAGAAUCGGAGCUUCGCCAGAAAAGCGAGACCGAGCUGGAACAGAUGAAAGAGCAAUCUAACGAUCUCAAAGAGGAGCUAAAGGUGCAAGACAUGCAUUGCGUGCUGUUGAGGGAGAAGCUGUGCGCGCGAGAAGUGGAGCUCGAGCACCACGACGUUGAAACGAAAAGGACCGUGGAGGAUCGUUUCGUGCUGAAGAAGGACGCUGUGAAGCUGCAAGCACUCGUGGACGAGGCCGCCCAGCGAGUGAUUAGCCUCGAGCACAAGCUUGCCGAGAAGGAGGAGAAGAUAACUUGGCUCCAACGCGGACUGAACGAUCGGGUCCAGGACUGGAGCAAAGUCAAGGAGGAGCUGGUGAGAACGAGAAAGGAGAGGGACUCGAUCAAAAGCGAGGCGGAGCAAUUGGGACGAGAGGCCCUGCGAAUGAGUGCCGAGGUGGAAGUGCUCAAGCGAAGAGUUCAUCUCCUGGAGGAGGACAUACUUAUGAAGGAAGGGGAGCUGUCCAUAUUGCAGGGGAACAUGGAGGAUUGAUCCAUCGGGGCUGUGACAGACAACAAACCAACACCACUGACACCACACCAAAAGGGAUUUCUAGUUUCUUUUUUUUCUUCAUUUUUCGUUUCUCCUGAUCCGCGAGCGCGAUUUUGGGAUGGCUCUUUGUAACACUCACGAGUUUGAUGUUUAUUGUACAGAGAAAAAUUAACGACUUCAUGGUAAUAAGUAUUCUUUCAAAGCAGUUAUUUAAA